AUUUUCUUGCUUGUAUCAUAGGCGACUUCUUUGCCUUCAAUUAUUUCAAGUUUUGUGAGGAGACUUGGCUUCAAUUACGUUCACUUGCCACAGUGUUUAGUUGUUAUCAUUGAUCAUUCUCUUUCCAGAUUUCUCAGGUGUAUUCUUCAAUUAUAGCUAUUUUCAGAUUUGCAGUUCUCUUCGAUAAUACAAAGAGCUAAAAUUUUGUCUCAGAAUUUCUUUGGUUUUGUUCAUGAAGUUUUUGGAUUAUAUAAAUCAAUUGUGAAACUUUCUCUUUCCUACAGGAUAAUUCAGACUUGACAACUCAUAUCUCAAGCUUCAUCUCUCUACUGCUCGGUAAUGGCUUCUGCGGCUGCUGCUUCUUCUUCUUCUUCUCAAAGGCGCUAUGAUGUGUUCCUCAGCUUCAGAGCAGAAGACACCCGCAAUAACUUCACUGCCCAUCUCUAUCACACCUUGUGCCAGAAAGGAAUCAACACUUUCAUCGAUGAUGACAAGCUUGAGAGAGGCCAAGUCAUAUCUCCUGCCCUUGUUGCAGCUAUCGAAAACUCCAUGUAUUCGAUAGUUGUUUUGUCGAAAAAUUAUGCAUCCUCUAGAUGGUGUUUACAGGAAUUGGUGAAGAUAGUAGAGUGCAUGAAAAGCAAGAGACAGAUGGUUUUCCCAAUUUUCUACGAUGUGGAUCCCUCGGAUGUGAGAAGACACAGGGGUACAUUUGGGGAAGCAUUGGCUAAACAUGAAGAGAACUCCGAGAACAUGGAGAGGGUGGAGAGUUGGAAGGAUGCUCUCACUCAAGUUGCAAAUUUAUCUGGUUGGGAUUCAAGAAAUAAGAAUGAGGUUCUACUAAUCAAGGAAAUCGUUACAGAUAUUUUGAAUAAGUUGUUAACUACAUCCAUUAGUGAUACCGAAAAUCUGGUUGGAAUAGAUGCUCGCAUGAAAGAAAUAGAAAUGCAAUUAUGCUUGGGGUCUGAUGAUUUUCUGAUGGUAGGAAUUUGGGGCAUGGGCGGAAUAGGGAAAACAACCCUUGCUAGAGCUAUUUACGAAAAAAUCAGAGGUCAAUUUGAAGCGUGCUGUUUUUUUGAAAAUGUUGAGGAGGAUUUGGCAACUGAGGGUUUAAUAAGAUUACAACAAAAGUUUCUUGCUCAACUAUUGGAGGAACCAAAUCUAAAUAUGAAGGCAUUCACAUCUAUAAAGGAAAGGCUCCGCUCGAAACAAGUCCUUGUUGUUCUUGAUAAUGUGAAUGAUCCAAAAAUAUUGAAAUGCUUGGUUGGAAACCGGGAUUGGUUUGGUCAAGGAAGUAGAAUUAUUAUAACCACUAGGGAUGAACGUAUAUUAAUUUCACAUGGAGUACUCAAUUAUUAUAAGGCUCGGAGAUUUAAUUAUGAUGAAGCUAUAAGGUUCCUUUCACAUUAUUUGUUAAAACGUGAAAUUCUUAGAGAUGAUUUCAUUGAACUUUCAAGAGAAGUAAUAGGUUAUGCUCAAGGCCUCCCAUUGGCUCUAGAAGUUUUAGGUUCUUUUUUAUUUAGCAUGACAAAAGAAGAAUGGAGAAAUCAAUUAGACAAACUGAAAAGUACCCCUAAUAUGAAAAUUCAAGAAGUACUUAAAGUAAGUUAUAAUGGGCUAGAUGAUAAGGAGAAGAAUAUAUUUCUAGACAUUGCAUGUUUCUUUAAAGGAGAGGAUAAAGAUUAUGUAAUGGAAAUACUAGAUAGUUGCAGCUUCUUCUCACUUAGUGGAAUACGAGCUCUCAUUGAGAAGUCACUCAUAACUAUUUCUUGGAAUAAUAAGUUAAUGAUGCAUGACUUGAUACAAGAAAUGGGAAGGGAAAUUGUUCGUCAACCAUCCCUUGAAGAGCCUAGUAAACGCAGCAGAUUAUGGUUUCAUGAAGAUAUCUAUGAUGUAUUGCAAAAAAAAAUGGCAACUGAAAAAAUUGAAGGCAUAUUCCUCAACUUGUCUCAUUUAGAAGAGAUGCUAGACUUUACCACUCAAGCCCUUGCAAGGAUGAAUAGACUUAGAUUGCUCAAAGUCUAUAAAUCUAAAAAUAUUUCAAGAAACUUCAAAGAUAUCUCCAAUAUGGAGAAUUGCAAAGUGAACUUUUCCAAGGACUUUAAAUUUUGUUACCAUGAAUUGAGGUGCCUAUAUUUUUAUGGAUACUCUUUGAAAUCAUUGCCCAUUGACUUCAAUCCAAAGAAUCUUGUUGAACUCAGCAUGCCUUAUAGUCACAUUAAACAACUUUGGAAAGGAUUGAAGGUUCUUGAAAAGUUAAAAUUCAUGGAUCUCAGUCACUCCAAGUACUUAAUAGAAACUCCAAAUUUUCAAGGAGUCACCAACCUUAAGCGGUUAGUUUUGGAAGACUGUGUGUCUUUACGUAAGGUUCAUUCAUCACUUGGAGAUCUGAAGAAUCUUAGUUUCUUGAAUUUGAAAAAUUGCAAAAUGCUAAAGAGUCUUCCAAGCAGCACUUGUGAUUUGAAAUCUCUUGAAACAUUUAUUCUUUCUGGUUGCUCCAAAUUUGAAGGAUUUCCUGAGAACUUUGGAAGCUUAGAAAUGUUGAAGGAACUUUAUGCAGAUGAAAUUGCUAUAAGAGUACUUCCCUCCUCUUUUUCUUUCUUAAGAAACCUUAAAAUAUUAUCGUUUAAGGGAUGUAAAGGACCAUCAUCUACCUUAUGGUUGUUGCCAAGAAGAAGUUCAAAUUCCAUUGGUUCCAUAUUGCAACCUUUGUCAGGUUUAUGCUCUUUAACAACGCUAAACCUAAGUAACUGCAAUUUAUCGGAUGAACCAAACCUUAGCAGUCUUGGCUUCUUAUCAUCGUUGGAAGACUUACAUUUAUGUGGGAACGACUUUGUUACUUUGCCUUCAACCAUCAGUCGACUUUCUAACCUAAAACGGCUGGAGUUGGAAAACUGUAGAAGACUGCAAGCACUUCCAGAACUCCCAUCAAGCAUAUAUCAUAUUUAUGCAGAAAAUUGCACAUCAUUGAAAGACGGCUCACAUCAAGUACUUAAGUCACUACUUCCAACUGGCAAGCACCAAAAGCGCAAGUUCAUGGGUUACUUCGUGGCAUCAAUAGCAUCAAUGGCAUUUAUUCCUGGAAGUAGAAUACCUGAUUGGGUAACAUAUCAAAGCUCAGGGAGUGAAGUUAAAGUAGAGCUACCUCCAAAUUGGUUUAAUUCCAACCUUCUGGGUUUUGCUUUGAGUGUUGUCAUUUUUCCCCAAGUCUGCUACUCGACCAUUGUUUCAAUGAAGGUCUCAUUUGACAAUUCUUCCUCCUUUGAAAUCGGUCCUCGUAUGCUUCAGUUUAAUGGAAGGUUGGAGUCAGAUCACGUGUGCCUUUUUUAUUUACGACUUCACCAGUUGAUGAGCAAUUGCUGUCAAGUGACUCGCUUCAAGAUAUCAUUUAAAACAUUCCCCAUGGAGGGUCAGAUUGAAAUUAAGAGGUGUGGGGUUGGUCUAGUGUACAGUAAUGAAGACAGGAUUCGCGACAGUCCCCCAAUGAUCCAAUUCAACUCUAUAUCCUCUCCUCCUCCUCCUCCUCCUCCCCCUCCCCCUCCUCCUAAUAAGUCAACUGUUGUCCUUGAAGAAAUCCAUGAGGGGGAACCCAGUGGAAAUGGGUGCUCUAAUGUUGAUGGCUCAGAAGAAGAGAAUUCUGAAUACCAUACUGCUGAUGAGGAGGAACCCAGUACUGCAACUGCCUGCUCUGAGGAUCACUCUGAAUCAGAUAUGCGGCCACAGAAACGCUUGAAAUGCAGGAAUUAAUGAGGACAUCCCUUGAUCAGAAGUAACAGACCAGACAAAAGCUUAAUAUGCACCCAAAUCUUCCCAUAAUAUCUCUUGGUUGAUCGUCUUCAGUGGAUAUACCAAUGCCUCCAUAUUGCUUUUGCAGUGGGCAAUGCAAUGCAAUUAACUGGGAUGAUGGAUUGAUGAGGGGAUUAUUCUAGUGAAGGAGCAGGAGCAGAAGCAGAGCUAGAAGGAUAGUAGAGAAAAGGUCUUGUAACAGAACCCAAUCUUCCAGAAUCUAAUUGUUGUUGCAUUGUUUUUCUUCAUUCUACGUAACUAUAGUAUUCACAGUACUCUAAUUUGUUAGAUUCUUCACUCAAUACAUUUAUCACUGGUUUCACUAC